UUCAGUUUUUUUUCAUCAGGUCAGUUACACGCUUGUCUGUUUGGCUUGUUUCUCAUGAACAACCGUGGAAUCUCGCGUUUGAAUAUUCAUACUGACGGUCCUCGGACAGGGAACUGCAGGGAGGUUCUGGCGCACAAAAGCGAAGAUCGUCUCGCGGUGAUAAAAGAUGUCUGAGGCGAACGAGGGCGUGGGGAGGCCGCUGCAGAUUUCCCCGCCGCUGGCCAAUCAGAACCCCGCAGCCGAUUCCCGCAAAAUGCGGCGGAUAAUCGCGGAGGAUCCGGAAUGGUCUCUCGCCACCGUCCCUCUGCUGACCAACCUCUGCCUCACACACAUCAUCCAGAACUUUGAAGAGAACCCGGUUCUGCAGGCGCUGCUGCCCCAGCACCGCGCGUACGUCCACGCGCGGCUGAGCCCCUCUCUGCCGCUGCGCGUCACGGCCAACCUGGUGAGUGACGAGGGGUUCUGGCGCCGCUGCUGUGCUGCCCGCUGGCUCCAGGCCGACCCGGCCGCGCACGCCGGCAGCUGGAAGCGCAUGUUCCUGGAGCGCCACCUGCAGGCGCUGAUCGAGCUGUUCAUCCCGGACGUCACGGACCCCGGCGUGGUGCUGGAGGCCGUGCCGCACUGCCGGGGCUUCGUCCGGCGCCUGGACGUGUCCCAGCUGCUGCCCCCUGUGCGCCAGCCCCCCGUGCUGGGGGAGGACGGGGACGAGGCCAGCGACGCCGGCUACGAGGGGCCCUCCAUGGACCACUUCGACUUCAGCACGCUGCUGCCCCUGCUGGUCAACCUGGAGGAACUGCACGUGGUGUACAGGGUGAAGGACUGCGGGAUGAACUUUGAGUGGAACCUGUUUGAGUUCACCUCCCGCGACUGCCACUCCCUGGCCAAGGCGCUCAAGUCCUGCAAGACCCUGAAGGUGGUGCGGGUCCAUCAGAGUAAGGUGGAUGAUGAGCGAUGCCAGGUUCUGGUGCGGAGCCUGUUGGACCACCUCUCCCUGGAGGAGCUGAACCUCUCCCACAACCUGAUCGGGGACCGGGGGGCCAAGGCCAUCGCCAAGCUGCUGGGCCGCUCCAGGCUGCGGAGACUCGCGCUCUCCGACAACCGCAUCCGGGGCCCCGGGGCCCAGGCGCUGGCCCACGCCAUCGCCCGCACCGCCUCCCUCACCGACCUCAACCUCCGCCUCAACUUCCUGGGCGACGAGGGCGGGCAGGCCGUCGCCAACGCCCUGCUGAAGAACCGCUCCCUGGUGACCGUCCACCUGGGGGCCAAUCAGAUGACGGAGCCCACCGCCAUGGUCCUGUCACAGGUGCUGGCCCAGAACCGCGUCCUGCAGGACAUCGACCUCUCCUGCAACCGGCUGGGAGUGGAUGGUGGUAAGGCGUUGGAGGAGGGCAUGUCCCAUAACAGCACUAUGUUGGAGUGUGACGUGCGGCUGACAGAUAUGGCCCAGGAGAGUGAGCUCAGCAUCGCCCAGAUCCUCCAUAGCAACAGGACCAGAGCCCAGAGCAAACCCCACUAUGGACUACACUCCCCAUAGAGCCCAGCGCAAACCCCACUAUGGACUACACUCCCCAUAAAGUCCAGAGCAAACCCCACUAUGGACUACACUCCCCAUAGAGCCCAGCGCAAACCCCACUAUGGACUACA